GUUAAUUUAACGUGUUAAAGUUUAAAAACAAAUUUUAAUUAUGACAUGCAUCUUAACAUUUAUAUAAAUAUAUAUCAUAACCUAAAUAUAAAUGAUUUAACAAUUUAAAUUAGAAAAAAAUAAAAAAUCCCGGGCGUAGCCCGGGUUAAUCCCUAGUCUAUUAUAUAAUAUGAGAGUUUCUCUCUUCCUCCUGAUGCGACACGUCAGCGGUCUGUGGGUCCUACUUUUUAAAAGUGUGAAAAAAUGUCAAAUAUGUGACUCGAAACUAUAAGCACCCAUAACUAUACCAAUGCACUUAAGGAUACUUUGUACAUUAAUGGUCGAAACUAAUAUAUAUUAUAAAGGUCGGAAACUAAUAUAACAUUGUGGGCUCCACCUCUUUUUUUUUUUAAUUGAUGGGUAACGAAUGGACUUCGACAAAAAGUGGGCUUUGGGUUUAUUGAUUUUCUGUUUAUUAGGCUUUGUAUCUGCCCAAAGUGGUGAUACGGACAAAGUUAAGAAGAUUAGGGAAGCCGCCAUCUUCACCAUCUCCUUCGUCGCUUGCGAUUCCCCUUCCGGCAAUCAGCUAUUAUGGUCAAUCUUUAAGGCUCUACGCACGUUUGGCGCCUACCAAACGCUUAGUUUCUCCUCUAACGCCUUCAGAGCUCUCAUAUAUAUAGAAUUCCUCGAGGUAAAAUCUCCAUCUUUUCUCAAACUUUUCUAUCUCAGUUUUUCGAUCGCUUUACUUUCUCACAUCCGUCACGAAAAUGACUUAUCCAGCUGCUCCAGCCGCUUCAGCCGCCGUUCCCUACUCCACCUUCAACUCUCUCCGCCUUGGAAGGUCCACUCAGUCUAUUGUUGGUCGGCUCAUCCGAUUCUAGGAUUCCAAGAACAUUAACAAGAAUGGAGAGUUUAUGGGCAUCACCAUUCUCUUCCUUGAUGAAUUGGUGAUGAUUGUUUCUAACUUAUUUUUUAUCACUUUAAUUCUGCUUUACUUAUUUUUUGUUCAUAUAUGAAACGUGUCUUCAUCUUUUUGUUUUGGUUUUGUCUAUGGGUUUUUUUAUGAACAACUAAUGAUUUUUCUCUGUUUUUCUUACACAAUUUUGUGAUCUACGGUUUCAUCCCUGCAAUCUCCAAACAAAACAGGAAAACUGAAUGAAUUAUGUUUUUAGCAACCGAAUCUAAAAGAAAUAAAAGACAUCUUACUUAACAAAUUAAAACCUUUUCUUUUGCAGAUUCCGAUGACGACAAAGCACCCGAGGACCAACGACAAUGGAAUGAUGCGGACGAAGCCUAACUAAUGUAAGUAAACUCUUCUUCAAUAACACAUCACACUAUUAUCGCUCCCCAAUCUCACAAACUUAAGCUCUAAUCAUGCCAGGGAUCCCACAGGUGAUGUUGUCUCGACGACGGAGAAAAAAGAAAGAAAGAUAACCUAACGUUUUUAUUUUAUUUUCAUUAAGCUCAAAUCAUGUUUUAGACAUAGAGCCCAACAUAAUUUGAGCCCAAACAUUUUAAACCCACAAUUACUUUUCCAUAAUGUAAAAACGUCAACAUUCGUUUAUGUUUUGUUAAACUAUUUUAAUCUUUAUGUUUUGUUAAACUAUUUCAUACAGGGGGCAUAUCUCCUUAGAAGGGGAACCACUCGCCACGAUGCUUCCAGUUUCACCAUUCUUUAAACUCUUGUGAACCACAAAGCCAAUAUAAGAGCUCUGUUUCAAUCCAACGGCUGGAUUUUGUCACAGACCACCGCUAAGCCUGAAGAGUGAAGAGAAGUGGAGUGCUGCGUUUUGGAAGAUGGUUACUUGGAGUUUACAAGAUGAAGAUGGAACCCGUGACGAAGAAGACGAGGAGAAGUGUUACUUGGAAUAUCCUAACGUUGAGGAUGUAGACAAUGAGUGAUCUUAGCGAUGAAGAUUAGUGUAGCUUUAAUAUAUGCUACUACGGUCUUUGAGCUCCCUAACAAGUACUAGCAAACAAUGUGUAUUUUGAAAAAAUAAAAUAAUUUUGUAAUGCAAGUAGUUUGAAACUAUGAGUAUUUAUUCAAACAACGGAUAUAUACAGAGUUGAUAACUUGAUAUGGACUCCCAAAUAAGUUGGUGUUGCGCUGUCACAAUAUCUGUCUUUUUAAUUUCAUAUAUCUAACGUAAGCUUCUUCAUCUUUUUCUCUUUCCAUUUCCGUUGUUCCACGCUCUCUGUUUCAUGUUUAGAUUUUUUUUUUACAUUCUCUACAUUUUACCUUAAUUAUACUUUUUGAAUUUUCCUUCCGUUUUGGGAGAUGUCUCUAACUUGAGUUAAUCGUCAAAAGUUGUGAUCAAUUUUGUUGUCUUACUUCCGAUAAAUUUUAUUUUUUAAUUUGCACAAAUCUUAAACAUCACCAACAUCCCAUAAAUUAUACCGCCCCACCGAUAUCCAAAGUAACCAGCCCCGCACUUCCGCGGAAUCUCAGCACCUAGUGUGUAAAACUAGUCUCUUAAUUAUCUACGUGAAUUUCUCAAAGAAAAAGAACUAAGCUUUUAAAAACUUUAGUGCUUACUUAAUAAACCAUCUACAAAAUUGUAACUAUUCAAUAAUAAACAAAAUAAUAAUUAUAUAUUUAUAAAUUAUAAUAUUUCAUAUAUUAUGUUAUAAAAUCUUAUUAUAAUAGAAUAAUAUAAAUUUUAUUAUUUAUACAUGAUAUUUAAUAUAUUGUACUAUACAUAUAUUACAUUGUUAUACACCGUUUAAGCAAUAAUCUAAAUUCUUGAUUAAUAGUUUUAGCCGUUAGAUAGAGAGUCACCAUCCAUUUAACCCCUAACAAUUUUUUGAACAUAUCUUUUUCUUCUAUUGUUAUUAUUUUUUUAAUUAUAUGUUGGAAAAAAUUAUUGAAAGACUUAAGCACUACUCUUAUCCUUAUGUUCUACUUGUAAAACCUGAUUUCGAUGAUUAAUUUCUUUUUAUAAUGGAGUUUAUUAAUAGUUAUAAAGAAUAAUCGAGGUCUAAUAUUAUCAUAUUAAUACGAGCUUAUACUAAUGCUAAUAUCAGUUUAAACCAAAUACUAGGUUCUGAUCAUUUUUUAAAAAGACGGAUAUAUUUUUUGUUUUAUAUUUUUUUUUAAAAAAUUAAUUUUUAUAAUUAUAUUUUUAGUCAUAUUUGUGUUUUUUGUAUAAUAUUUUUUUAAAUGAUUAGCAAAAAAUUAUAAUAAUUGUAUUAAAAUAGUUGGACCAUAUAUAUCAAUAGAUAUGUUCAUGUUUUAAUAGAAUAGAUAAUCAACAAACAAACUAAAAGUUUUGGAUAUUAUAAAAAGAGUUUCUUUUGUGUGUGUGUCGGCAGAAGACAAGUAGCUUGUGUUUGAGGAUGAUAAUAAAACACGUUAACUGUAAUGCUACCAUUCACAUAUGGACUAUAAUAUAGCUAAUAAGCAUAUAAAAUUCAUAACACAGUUUCUUGACUGGCAAUAUUUUGCUUUUGAAAGUAUAAUACACAUUUAUUUAUAAUUAUCUGAUAUGUAUAAUAUCACAGGAUACGAUCCAGCGUAUUUUCUAAUAUACACAAAUUAUCAAGCGUCCACAAAUUACUAAUAUUAUUAUAUUUAAGAAAACCCAACUCGACGAUCUUUGUCAAUAUCUCCCCAUGCAACAAAAUUACGCACAUCCCUCGUGCUUCCCAUUUUUGUAUGUUUGUUCCUCCGCGUAAGUGAAUUACAUCCACUAAUUUCUUUUAAUUUAGUCGCUUAUGCUUUUCUUAAAUAAAGUUAAAAUCCAAGUUAAUCAAGACUCAUGACCUUGCAGUUCAAUCUCCUAACAUGUCUUCUCACUGCGUGUCCGAAAUCUUGUCAGCCCAUAAUUAUCUGAAACAAUACUUUAACUUGAAGUAAUCAGAAAACGAUACGGUACGUUUACUUUGAUGUAAAUACUCUAUAAUGUAAUGCAAGCCUAGUUGCACAUAUGACAUAUUUUAUCUGUGUGAAUGGUUAUCUAAAUUUUGGUCAUUAAGAGUUUAGAGCAUAAUAUUGUUGAUUUGUAGUACUAAUUAAGAGAAUCAUCAUGGAGCAUUCUGUAAAAGACUUAGUUAUAUUAAAGCUAAGAGAUGCAUAAAAUAAUCAUGUGUUAUGUUUGUUAACUGUGAUGUCGUAGUUAUCAUGCAGGCUUACUCCUUAAUUAUGAUAUUUAUAGUUAAUUAGUUAUCAUGCAUCCGUUUUAGAUCAUUACGCACGACUACUAGUCGACAUGAAUGAAUAUAUCUUUCUUCUUAGAAUGUAAAUAUAUGUUGAUGUAAACGUUAAAAUGAUGUUUUAUAUACAAAGAUAUUGUAAGACAAUCAUAAAAAUAUAUAUGGCCGCAAAUACUUUUAUUUAAACUUUGAACUCGGAAUCUUCAAAACGUAUAAUAGUGUUUGAAAGGGUAAGAACAAAACAUGAAAAUCAAACGAAUAAAGCUUUCUGAAACAGGCAAAAUAAAAGUAAGAAUAAAACACCAUUUUAGAGAUCUAAAGCGAGGGUUGUUCAAAAAAAAAAGAGAGAUCUAAAUCGAGGAUCCAACUAAUUAGUAAUUUUCGAAUUAAUUAUGAUAAUUAUCAUUCAUUUUCUCGUCACGUGAUAACAUUAUCCUUCAUUAGUAUAAUUGACAAACAUUUAUCCAAGAUAAAUACAUAGUAAUUUUCAAUUCACACAAACAACAACUGGCCUAUACUUAAAGUGGAACCACAGUGAUCGGAACACGUAAGCUUCAGAAAAAAACAGCUUUCAACACAGUGUCUUGGUUCUUUAUUUAUACCCUAAUCUUAUACACAAACAAGCAAGAAACAAGAAGAACAAAAUAAAAUGGUGUCCUUAACAUCAUCAUCUUCUUCAACACCAAAAAUAUCUUUUGAUUUCACCAAGAACAACAACAAUACCAGUCUCAAUGUCCCUGUCUCUUCUUUUUCUUCUGAUUCUUCUUGCUUGAGAAGCAAGGAAGAAGCUAUUGUCACAACCAAGAAGGACAUCGAACCCUGCAAAACCCUAAACAGCAACAUCAAUCCAAAGGAUGAUCAGGAGUUUAGAGAUGAGAAUAAAAUGGUGAACAAAGCUCUUGAAGAUCCAGAGAUCGGUGUGUUUGGAGCUGAAAAGUACUUCAAUGGAGACAUGGAUUCAGACCAGAGUUCUACUGUUCUGUCUUUAACAAACCCAGAAGCUGAGAGACUCGUUGAUGAUCUGAAGCAGAGCGAGAAGAAAUCUACUGGAGCGCCGAGUGUCCACUCUGAAGCAAGCUGUAAUAGUCAGAGCAUGUUGCUUCAAAACAAACUGGCGAAUAGCUGUAACGGUUCCGUGCAGGAGAAGAAAAACAAUAGUGGUCAGAUUCAAAAAGUGGUCAACAAUAAGAAGAGUUUUCUCAAUCUAGGGUGUAAAUGCGCGUGUUCUGAUGGGAUGUCAGUAGAUGUCGAUGAUAAGAUCUUGGUUAAGAGAAGCUCUGAUCUGAUCAACAUUCAGAAACAAGAAGAGUUGGUGCAGAGGAAGUCUCUUGAAGUGCUUGGAUCUCCUGUUGAGAAGAAGAGGGUUGUUGCUCAGAAAAAACUCACAUUGCCUCCACGGGAAUCAAGAACAGAGGAAGAAGACACAACGAGUGAAGGAAGUGAUACAAGCUCAGAUCUAUUUGAGAUAGAUAAUCUUACAGGGAAACCUAAGACUUUUCUUGCGAGGCAAGGAAGUGAUCCUACAUUUUAUGCUCCAAGCGAAGUAAGCAUAGAGUGGAGCAUAGUGACUGCAAGUGCUGCUGAUUUCUCUAUAAUGUCAGAAUGUGCAACAAGCCCUCUAGGAAGAAACCAAUUUCUUCAGAUCCCUCCUCGGAUCCCUACUAAAACUGCACCACAUAGACUGAAACCUAGCAAUGCAAGUGGUGGUUUCUUGAGCUGCAAGAGUCAUAAGUCUGUUAUGGUUUCUGGUGAUUCAGACAGGAGAAGUAGCAUGAACAAGAAAAAGACAUCCCUGGCUUAUGUUCCUAGACAUGUCCAAGUUAUGGAGACUACUAAACGUAAGAGUUUGGAGACAAGAAGAAGGAUCAGCAACAGCUCACCGUCACCUCUUCUAUACAGUCAGUACUGAUAAUAUAAUGUAUUGUUGAGUUUUUUUUUCUAUUAUUAUCACAACUUCAUCUUCCACAUGAAAAUAAAAUCAGUCUUUGAGGGUUUCUUAGUGACCUCUCUUGCACCUUUAGAAACACAGAUCCAUAAUGCAGCAAAAUGGUUAUAGACAAUAAUCAAAAAUCUGGCUCCAUCACUUUUUGUUGUUUUUGGAUUGAAGAAUAGAGACAAAAGUUUUGUCUUAGCUUCAAGGGCGUUAUCUAUCAAACUAAAAAGAGGUAGUCACAAAGAGCUAUUAAUGAGGAAACUUAAAUAAUGAAAAUGUCACUUUACCUGAAGGCCAUGCGUGUCUGAGAUAAAGACAAGAACCUUAACUGUUUCCUUGAAAAUAUGUAUCAAGUGAUGUGAAAGAAAAUCAAGAACCAAAGGGCCUUUACUAAUUAAGAGAAUAAAUACAAAAAGUGAUGUAUGUCUUUGUAGACAAUUCAUAAGGGAAAGGCCUGAACUUAGCCAAUGUGAUCUUGUCCACAUUCCACUGAACCUUCCCUGAGUUAACUCAAAAAUGCUUAAUUAGAUGUUAAGAAACUACGUUGAUGAAAAAGAUGUCACUAGAGCAAAUAUAGUAUGUGUUUGAUUAAAACCAAGAAGCUAUACAGAUCUUGAUGAAGAUAAGUAUUGUAUCCUUCUCAAAACAUAUGGGGAAAUAACUGAGACAUCACUUAUUAUGCUAUAAAUUGUUGAAUUAAAGUUUAAAAUCAACUCAAUAUUUAAGUAUUCAGUCUCCAUGUGCGGAGAAGAAAAGAACAGCAAAAGCAAAAAGACAUUUGUGUUGAAGAAGGCAAAACAAAACAAUUUGUUCAUCUUUGAUUUUUUUGGUUGGCCAUCAUGCUCAAAAACGCCCAAAGGGUGUCUGAGGGAAGUUCUCAUUUACUUCCUUCCUUUGGAGUUUGUGGUGAAACAUUCCACUGCCUUUGAUGUGAAAGGUGUUCCCAAAGAGUCACAUGAGAAAGAGAGUCUUGUGUGGUCUCUAUCUGCAUCGGUUCAGGAACAGAUGCAGAGUAUAGAAACUACAAUCUGUUAUUUCACAACAAAAUGGUAACAGUAGAUUUCUGAUUUAUAGUUUUACUAGUUAUGUGCAAGUUACUGAGACCUUCCAUAUAGAGAAGGAAAUAAAUAUCAUAUACUUAAUAUUAAGAAUUUGAACAUCAAAGUGCACUCCAAGUGUAUCAUAACAUCAGAAAAUAUAAACAUGACAUAUUCUUUUGGGAACCAAAUAUGCAAUGCUUAUUCAGUAAUCAACCGAAACUGAGACAGAUUGGUUUUAGCUAAAUGUUGAACAUAAUUGUUGGUAGGUUGAGCCAGCCCAUGCAGUAGUGCAAGACAAAGGCGACUCUUGAAAGCCCAGAUAGCAAGCUAUCUUAAAUAGACUUUCUCCCUUAAAAAAUAGAGUUAAUAUCGUGUGAUCCGAUGGACCACAUAUCAGAUAUUAAACUGAUAAGAACAGAUACUACACUUGAUCUUAGCCAAAAGGCCGAGAAAGGUAUGAAUUGUUUGGUCCAUCGAGCUUCCUUUAUAUACAUAAGCUUUGAGAGUGAACGAUUCAUAGUUUAGCGAUGUGGGACAAAUCAUUAAACCCUUUUAUUCUUAAUUAUGCCUCGACCGAAUAUAUAAAAUUAAUGAGUUAACUAACUGCAAUAAGGCAAGAACAGAUAAAUCGAAAAGAACAUUGGAGUAUUGUUGUUUAUGGAUUUAGUCUGAAGAAUAGAGACAUAAGGUUUGUCUUAGCUUCAAGGGGGUUAAAUAAAACCUAUAAGAGGUUGUCACAAAGAGCUAUCGAUAAUGAAACUUAAAUAAUGAAAAUGUCAAUUUACCUAACGUAUCUAAGAUCCAUGUGUGUCUGAGAUAGUGACAAAGAGCCAUGUGUAUUUGAGAUGAAGACAAGAACCUUAACUGUUUCGUUGAAAAUAUGUAUCAAGUGAUGUGAAAGAAAAUCAAGAACCAAAGGGCCUUUACUAAUUAAGAGAAUAAAUACAAAAAAAGUGAUGUAUGUCUUUGUAGCCACUCAAGAUGAUAAAAAGACUGAAGUUACCCAAAGUGAUCUAAUCCAUACUCCGUUGAACCUUCGUUUGAGUUAACUAAAAAUGCUUAGUUUUAUGCCAAGAAACUGCAUUGAUGAAAAAUAUAAUAUCCCAGACAGAUCUUGUUGAAGAUGAGUAUUGUAUCCUUCUCAAGAGAUAUUGGGGAAAUAAUUGGUUCCAUCACUUAUUUUCCUAUAAAAUGUUGAACUAAAGUUAAAAACCAAACUAAUCAGUCUCCGUAUGUGGAGGAGAAAAGAACAAGAAAAGGAAAAAAGACAUUUGUGUCAUCAAGGCAAAAUAGAACAAAUUGCUCAUCUUUGGUUGGCCAGACUUCAAAGCGGCCAAAGGGUGUCUGAGGGAAGUUCUUAUUUACUUCCUUCCUUUAGAGUUUGUGGUGAAACAUGCCAGAGUCUUUGAUGUGAAAGCUGUUCCCAAAGGGUCACAUGAGAAAGAUAAGAGUCGUGUGUCGUCGUUAUCUGUAUCGAUUAGGAACUGAUGAUGUGAGACUACGAUCUGUUAUUCUAUUAAGGGAGGAGAAAAAAAUAUAAUAUUCUACAUAAAAAGAACUUGAGAUUUCUUUAAAGCACCCCAGGUGCAUCAUAACAUGAGAAAGUUCAGAAGCUCAUCACAAAGGCAAGAAUCUCAAUGCUCUGAUUUACAGAUAUGCUUCAAAAUGUUCAAGUACCCCAAGUGAAACUCGGUAACUCCUACAAGGGAAUAUGUUGUUCUGAAAUUGGCAUCUCUAGCAGCAUGUAACAGGAUGGGCAUAUCUAAUGUAUGUGUUCA